AUGCCUCACUUACUAGAACUGAAUGCUUCCAACAAUGAAUUGACUACAUAUUUCAUUUUUAAACCACCUAGAAAUCUCAAGGAAGUAGAUUUUUCACACAAUCAAAUACCUAAAAUGCAAGAUUUGUCGGCAUACCAGUCACUUACUAAACUCUUGCUGGAUUUUAAUAACAUAGAGGAGAUAAGAGGACUGGAGAAGUGUCACAGUCUGACUCAUCUUAGUUUGUCACACAACAGACUCAUUGCAAUCAGUGGCCUUGAGAAUUUACCUAUCAGAAUACUCAAUCUGAGCUCUAACCGGAUUGAGAAGAUAACUGGGUUGGACAGCUUGAAAACUCUACAGAAGCUGGACCUAUCUAGCAAUAAAAUAACUAGUCUAGAAGGCUUGGAGGAACAUGAUCUACUAGACAUGAUCAACCUAGAGGAUAACCAGAUUGCAGAGCUGCGUGAACUUGAAUGUAUUGAAGAUCUGCCUCUCCUCAGAGUUUUAAAUCUUUUAAAAAAUCCUGUACAGGAACAAACGGAUUAUUGGCUCUUGGUGAUUUUCACGUUGCUCCAACUAACAGAACUGGAUCUCAAGAAGAUUUCAGUGGAAGAAAAGGUUGCUGCUGUGAAUAAGUAUGAUCCUCCUCCAGAAGUCGUUGCUGCUAAAGAUCAUAUGACUCAUGUUAUGUAUAGCGUGCUGCAGCCCCAGAGAAUCUUUGACAGCACUUUACCUAGUCUUCAUGCUCCCUACCCCAUGCUGGUAUUAGUUGGCCCUCUGGCCUGUGGUAAGAGAGAACUUACUCAUAAGAUCUGCAGACAGUUCAACAAUUUCUUCAGAUACGGGAUUCUACUUUAUAUCAUCCACAAGCUGACAUAACUGGAAAAAAAUUGUUUCAUCAUUUCUCUAUUACAGUGUGCUGUGACAGCUUCAGUUCAGGCUAUCUGGGGUUGGGGGGGAUUUAUAGCCAAAAUUCCCUGUCACACUACCAGGGCAGCUUACUUUGGUGAAGAAAACAGACUUGAUUACUAUUUCGUUUCUCAAGAAGCAUUUGACAAAAUGGUGAACACAGGGAAGUUUAUAGCGACCUUUAAAUACAGUGGCUAUUACUACGGACUUGGAAGAGACACUGUAGAAUCAAUUGCCAGAGAGGGUCUUGCAACCUGUGUUCACUUAGAAAUAGAGGGUGUGCGUAGCUUGAAAAAUACCUACUUUAAACCCAGAUAUAUCCUGUUAGUACCAAUGAACAAAGAAAAAUAUGAGGGACAUCUGCGGAGGAAAGGAUUAUUCAGCAGGCCAGAGAUUGAAGAGGCAGUCUCCAGAGUGGACAUGUACAUCAAAAUAAGUCAGGAUUUUCCAGGAUACUUUGAUGCAGUAGUCAACACAGAUGAAUUGGAUGAGGCAAUCACAGAGCUGAGUUUCCUCGUAAAGGCGUACCUGGGUUUGGAGCCACCUGCAGUUUUUGAUAGCAUUCAAGACUUGAAUAGCAGAGCAGGAGCAGGUUCAAGAAUACGGCUCUUACAAGAGCAAAGAUUGUCACCCAGUGGAGUAAUUACUGGAGCUACUCGGUCUUCAUCUGUCAAUGAGUCCUUGGACUCUUCUGCCAAAAACUAUCCAGGAGGUAUCUCGGACAAACUUGCUGCACAACUGGGCUCUGUGGAAGAAGCUUCUCUCCAAAGGCGGCGUUCUGCAGCACGUCAGGCUCUGUCAGGGAAGGCACCUAGUGCAUAUGUCCAGCUGUUUCAAAGGGACCUGGCAGUCACUCCGGCACCGAGCAGCUCCCGUCAACAAUUACUGGAACCAACAAUAAACACUUCUCUGCUCUCAGAUGGAAGGAAUGUCACCCAAGACCAGAGCUUCCCCCUGACAGAGAGCCGCUGCAGAGAAUCUGGUCCUGCUAGUGGUCUAUCUCUAAUCUCAGCUGGUGCACCUGCUGGUGAAGGUCUGUCGGUUCGGACCCCCGUUCCUCAUGCUCGUCUCACUGAAGAAGCCAAAGCUGAGCAUCGGGAUCCAAGAGGAGCUAAAAAUGGAGUGGACAGAUUGAAAGAGACUGAACUCCCUAGUGACAAUCUUCAGACGAAAUACAGCAAGUCCAAGACUGGCUCUUCUCAUGUGCCUCAGCUCAUCAACUGGCCAGGCUCCCACUCCAAACCUGUCCUACCUCCAAUCCCAUCUGGGCGGAAGAGGACCAACCCUUGA